AUGGUAAUCACACCUGAACAAGAAGCUGAGUUCUGGAUGACAAGAAACUGCUCCAUCUGCGGCAACGACUUGGGGGAUGACAGAGUGAGAGACCAUGAUCAUGUAACAGGACUGUUCCGUGGAGCUGCUCAUAAUAUGUGUAACUUGAAAUACAGAAUUACAUGGAAUGUUCCGGUGGUCUUCCACAAUCUAAGAGGAUACGAUAGCCACCUGAUAAUGCAGGAGAUUGGCAAGUUUAAGAUGAACAUUAACGUUGUCCCAAAUAACAUGGAGAAAUACAUUUCCUUCUCAUUAGGAAAAAGUCUUGUGUUUAUUGACUCAAUACAAUUCAUGGCCUCAUCUCUGGAGGCACUUGUGAAUAACCUUUCACCUGAGGACUUCAAGAUAGUCGGUCAGCGGUGGCAAGGAGAGGACUUCGAUCUUGUAAGACAGAAAGGUAUAUUUCCAUAUGAAUAUUUGGAUAGCAUAAGUAAACUAGACUCUGAGGGGCUUCCAAGUAAAGACAAGUUCUAUUCGUCUCUGUAUGAAUCUGAAGUGAAAGAUGAAGAUUACGAAAGAGCUCAAAAAGUUUGGGAUCACUUUGGAAUGAAAACAAUGAGAGACUACCAUGAUCUUUAUCUUGAGACUGACGUUCUUCUGCUAGCGGAUGUCUUUGAGAAUUUCAGGAAGACCUGCCUGGAGAAUUACAAGCUUGACCCUGCUCAUUACAUCUCAGCACCCAGUCUAAGUUGGGACGCAUUCUUAAAGCAGUCAGGUGAGGAAAUAGAAUUGGUAAGCGAUAUGGAUAUGUUCCAGUUCUUUGAGAAAGGAAUGAGAGGUGGGGUAAGUCAUACUGCUCAUAGACACUCCACAGCGAAUAAUAAGUAUAUGGAAACGUAUGACGAAGAAGCUGAAAACAAGUUCCUUAUGUACUUUGACGCCAAUAAUUUAUACGGCUGGGCAAUGUCUCAACCUCUUCCAAAUGGAGAGUUUGAGUGGAUCAAGGAAGUUGAUAAAAUAAAUAUUGAUGACUACUUAGGAGACAGUGGAAGGGGUAUGGUUCUUGAGGUUGAUAUGGAAUAUCCAGAAGAACUUCAUGAUAUACAUAAUGGUUAUCCUCUAGCUCCAGAAAGUAAGGAGAUCGAUGUGUCAAUGUUAUCAGACUAUGCUAAGGAUAUUGCCGAUAAAUUCCAGCUGACAAUUGGAGGUGUGCGGAAACUGGUAAACUCCUUAGGUCCCAGGAAGAAUUACGUUCUACAUGUUAGGAAUCUGAAACUCUACAUGGAACUCGGAAUGAAACUUGUGAAGGUUCACAAAGCAGUCUCCUUCAAGCAGUCAACUUGGUUGAAAAAGUAUAUUGACUUCAAUACUCAAAAACGAUCAGUCGCUAAGAAUGCGUUCGAGAAAAACUUCUUCAAGCUAAUGAACAAUUCCAUCUACGGAAAGACUAUGGAGAAUCUAAGGAAAAGAGUUGAUGUGAAACUAGUGUCGUCGGAAAAUGAUCUCGUUAAACUUACGGCGUCUCCAUGCUUCCAGUCACAUAGGAUUAUGAAUGAGAGCCUGAUCGUGGUAAAGAGAAUGAAGGAAGUGUUAACCCUAAACAAGCCGUGUUAUGUGGAAAUGAGUAUCUUAGAUUUGUCUAAGACUCUAAUGUACGACUUCCAUUACAACACGAUCAAAAAGGAGUACGGUGACAAGUCGAAGUUCCUUUUCACAGACACUGACAGUCUAAUGUAUGAGAUCAAGACUGAUGACGUGUACGAGGACUUCAAGAGGAUCGGUGAAGAGAAAGAUUGUUGGGACAACUCAGAUUAUCCGAAAGACUCUCCAUAUUACUCAGCUCAUAACAAAAAGGUAAUUGGAAAGUUUAAGGAUGAAGCUGAGGGAGUGCCGGUGAUUGAAUUCGUAGGGUUGAGGUCAAAGAUGUACUCUUACGUGAAGGAGAGUGGUGGAGGUGGAAUGACAGCUAAAGGUGUGAAAAAGUACGUGAUCAGAAACAAACUCAUUCACGAAAACUUCAAGAACGUGAUUAAGACAAAAGGUAGGAUGAGACAUAAGAUGAACACAAUCCGAAGCAUCAAGCAUAAGAUUGGAACCUACCAGCUAAAGAAAAUUACACUCAGCUGUUUCGAUGACAAAAGAUACCUACUUGAAGAUGGUGUUACAAGUUACGCGUACGGACACCACUCAAUAGGAAAAGUAAAUUGUUAAAUAAUGUUGAAAAAAUAAUGCUGAAAAAUAAUAGAAAAAUAAUAGAAAAAAUAAUGCCAAAAAUAAUAGAAACAAUAAUGCCAAAAAUAAUAGAAAAAUGGUCUAGAAAAACAGAUGAGCCCGCGUUGGUUGAGGGGAAAAAUAUGGAAACCGCUGACCGGAAGUUGGGUGAGAUCGCGGGCCGAAAAAGUGGUCUAGAACCCUCAUUCCCUAUACUACUCUUCUGGGAUCCCUAACUGCUGUUUUGCAUAGGUAGGAUCACCGUCUUGAGACUGUGUCGUCUCUAAUUCACGCUCAUUCGAGUGCCAUUUGUGAAGCUUAAACCCCGCAUCCUCGAAAAUAGUUGUUGCUUUCUCUUUAACUUCUUCCGUUUCCGAUACUGAUGUUGACCCCGUUAUCAAAUCGUCCACGUACAACUCUUCACGCAGUUUUGCUACUACUUCCGGUUCUCUUUCUUCCCAGUUACUCAGGUGUGCAUCAAUGACUCCCCCCAACAAGAAAGGAGAUGAUACAAGCCCGAAAAGUGCCCUGGUAAAUCUCAAGGUCUUUAGUUCUGAUUGCUGAUCUUUCCGCCAGUGAAAUCGAUGCGCGUCUCGGUCGUUUUCGCAAAUACGUACUUGCAAAAAGGCCUUUUGCAAGUCACCCGUCAAAGCUACUGGAUGAAACCGUCCUCUAACUAAUACAUCCCACAUUCUAUUUUGCAAUGGAGGUCCUGGAUGUAGACACUCAUUCAGCGAUGGAACACCGUCAUGUGCUUUUGCAGAAGCGUCAUAGACGACUCGGAUUUUUGUGGAUUCUGCAUCAGGUCGAAUAACUGCUUUGUGAGGGAUGUAGAAUUCUCUUCCUACGCUCCGCAGUUCAGCUUUCUCAAUUAUCCACUCUGCCUUUUGUUCCUCCAUUAUCUCCCCGUAUUUGGUUGUCAAACCUUGCCGCUCGAGUCUAUUCGUUAAACUUGCUAAUCGUCGCAAACUAUUAGCUUCGUUGUUGGGUAAUACAGGAUGGUUGCCGCGCCACGGUAGCCCUGUUUCGUACCAACCAGCUGGGUCCCGGGUGAGUUGUCCUUUGAACUCGUCAAAUACACUGUGCUGGUCGUUGGUGGGUGUAUCUUUCAAACCCAAGACGUCCAGGCGACACAGUUCUUCGUAAUCAGCCUGGGAUGUCUGAAUCAAAAGCAUAUUGGUCACGUCGCAGGAUUCUUUUCCAGGGGACAUGAUGGUCCAUCCAAAUUGUGUCAACUCAGCUAUCGGUUGCCCCGAAUUACCAACUCUGGGUGGCUGAUCAGUUUUCAACUUUGCGUAGUCACUUGCUCCGAGAAUGAUGUGCACCAGAAGUCGCUCUUUCUGAUCAAUGUCUUCCAUGAUGACUCCUUUCAAGUGUGGGUUUUGCUAUAUCAUGUUCUGAUAUCUCGGAUUGUCUAUGAACACAAGUUCUCCUUUGUUCACCUUGGUGACUUCGACUUUCAUAGAAAAUUUACCCGAUGUUCCCUUGAUUUCAAUGGUCGACAAUUCGACUUCCCUCGUAGUCACGCCGAGCAUCAUAUCAAUUUUUCGUAUUUCUUUCUUGGACGGCCGCUUUGGAAUGCGAUCCAAAAGUGCUGCCGACGCGUAGGAACUGCCUUCCCCGGUGUCGAGCAGGGCUCUGCACUUAACACCUUCAACUUCCACUAUAACCACUGGGUGCGUAACGCGCGUGUUCAUAUGACCUCCAUUCACUAAGAGUUGUUCUGAUUGCUCACAGAUUGAAGUAUGGUGUUUCUUGUUACAUUUCUGACAUCCGAGUUUGCUUUUACAGUUGACAGCACGAUGUUGACUUCCUGUGCAAUUAAAGCAUACUCUCUUUUCCGCCAGAAUCUUUUUUCUUUGCGUGGUAUCAUCGCAGUAUACACAACCUCGUUCUCGCGUGUCGCAUCCCGAAUCCUUUGCAUGGAAAAACUUCGAUCUUGAACCUUUCCCGCCUUUUAGUUGAUCUUUUGGCUCUAAUUUUUACUCGAUCGGAUUGAUAUCUUUCCACUUUUUCAGCUCUUUUAGAAGAUCAUCAAAGCUCCAUUUCUGCCAGCCUUCAUUUCCGCGUACUAGGUAUGCUUUUAUUCCCUUUAACUUGUCCAAAGUUGCUCGCACAUUUCCUCUCACAUCAUCUAAUUUGCCAAGUGUAUCAAGACUUUGAACGUUAUAUCUCAGUUGUUUAUAGAAAUCGUGUAUCUUAGUAGGAUUUGUCCCUGAAAUUACCGGUAGAUUGGUGAUAUUUACUAUGUAUGCGUUCGCAACUUCAGCUGACUGUCCGUAUUCAGUUUCGAGAAUAUCUUUGGCUUUUGAGUAUCCCGCUUCGGUAAAUAGCAGGCCGUCAAUGUCACGACGUACAGACUCAUCAAGUAAUUCUUUUAAGUAGGCAAACUUCGUUAAGAUUGGUAUUUUCGUUGAUUCGAUUUCCGACGUAAAUUUUCCCCAAAACGGUAGCCAUGAUUCGAAUUUGCCGUCAAAUUUUGUUAUAGGUAACUUCGGUAAUUUAGCGGCAGAAUUUUGUUUACAUUGUUCGCUAUUUUCUGCUUCGCUUGCUUUUUCUUUCUCGUGUUCUUUCUCAAAUUCAGCUUUUUGCUCGAGUAAUUCUCGCUCAAAUUCAAGGUUUUUCUUAUGAUCUUGCACUGCCUUCUCGUGUUGUUCUCGGCGAUCGAUUUCUUUAAUUUGUUGAGCCAAUCUUCGUACAUUUUCGUCCGCUAUAGCAAGUUCGUCUUCGUAUUCUUUAGCCCAUUCUGCGACGUCUUCUUCGCUCUCGCCCUUGGAAAAUUUCUUUUCUUCUAUGGUCUCUUUAAGAUUGAUUAUCGCUUUGGUGACAUUGUCAAUAGAUUCUUGCUGACGCUCAGACGCUUGCCGGUCUUGUUUAGCCAUUAUUUCUUCGGUUUUUCCUUGCCUAAAUCUCAGGGCUUUUACUUUGCUCGCGAGUUCGUUUAGUUGUUUAUCCAUCUUAUACUCGAGAAUAUAUAAAAUAUAUUAUUUCACAAUUGAUGUCGAUUCUUCACAACAAGCACAGGUUUUUUGCUCUUGAUUCGAGCUAACUCAUGAUUAAUCCCAUUCGGAGGUGCCACUGUGUCGUGAAUUGCCUCCUAUAUUCACAACAACUCACUAAAAGUAGAGAUUUCAAACGCUUUUAUGAAAAAUAUAUUUAUUCUCGCCCCGUCUCAACACAAUCACACAAAUUCUUGCAAUGUACAAAUUGCAUGCUUUUUGAUUGACACUUGCGCAUUAAUUAACUUCAGGUAUGCCAUAAACUGUUAAAUAUUAAACACUGUCCCGGGUUCAUGUGAACAGGGCCUAAUACACUUUUUGUGUUUUAUUGUUUAUCUCUCAGUUUAUAUUGUUUACUGAAUUGUCAAUGAUGCUUUUUAUAUGAUAUGCUAAUAUAUAAUGAAUACUCCAAUAUAUCAGUAAAUUGGACCAAUGUCAUAUUUCUAGUUUGGAAGUAAGAAAUCCCUUGGUUCCGAUGUCGAAGGAGGGAAGCCAACAUAUGUGUACCCCCAAACCUUAAAGGCUGUUAUCCGGGAAAUAAUACCUGGAAAUUUGGCAGAUCAUGUCGAUCCAACCCAUCCAAGGGUAGGUGUGGUUUUCAUACUAUGUUGUUUAUUUAGGUUAUAAAGUAGUAUAUAAAACUUUAUUACCAUAUAACACCAUUUUUAUUUAUUAUUUAGGUAUACAAGGUAAACAUUGGUGACUUAUCCAAUGCUAGUUGGCCAGUAAAGAAACAGAACAAAGGAAAAAAAUAA